UGCGGCCGCUAUCUCCACGCACGAAACCCAGCACCCCGCCCCUCACGCCCGUGUGUUUGCUGAGGAGGAAGGUCCCCACACCACGAAGUACAUUGGCCUUGGGGUGGGGCUGAAGGGAUGGGCCCCUGUGAGAAUGUAACUGAGUGUGACAUAAGGAAGGGCAGGAGGAUGGAAGCUUCUUCUGAGGGGCUCUAGUAGGACACAAGCAUUAGUAGGGAGGAAGUGGGGAGGGGCGGCAGGAAGUGAGGAAAAAUGGAGGUGAGAUGGCCUGAGGGGCCAGAAUGGCAUUGAGAAGCGGGAGAAGACUAGAAGGAAACAGCUGCAUGAGGCCGAGGGGACAGUGCUUAGUAACAGCCAGACCACUAAGCCUAAGGUCGCAGAGCCGGGGGUAGUGGCGGGUGUUUGUCACACGGCAAAGACCAGCCCGUCCACCAUGCCUGGAUCAGCUGAGGCCUUGAGCUAUGACAGGAAAGCUAACUUAUUUUUGCAGAAACAGACUUACCUGAUCGUAAAUUUUCAUUUGACAUAGGUGCACAGUGUUACUUUGGGAGAGAAGAGAAAGGUGAAGGAGAAAGAGAGGAUUAGAAGGGGAAGGGGGAGUGAAAAAAAUCCACCUUUUGGCUUCUCUGAAGUAUUUUCCAACUACCAAGGCAAAGUUAACACUGCAUGUACAAUAUUUUCUAGAUACUAUUAAUACUAUUACAGUACUUAAACUUACAUAUUAUAAAGAUACUGGGAGGAAUGGAGAUGUUCAAUACAGAAUUUACUUAACAAACAUGUUUCUAAUUUGUUGUUGCUCUUUCUGUUUUCUAUGUAUGCAUGUUCUAUAGGACGAAUCAGAGUUACCCAAGUCGGCAUUGUUUCUCAAAAACAGCAAAAAAACCUCAAUUGAUAGCGAAUAUGGACAGGGCUCCCCUAAUCUCAAAGACAUAGAGACUAUACCCUUCCAGGUUUCAACAUUUAGACUCCUAGGGAAAAUGCCUUCCGAAUUUAUGGGAAAGUAAAAGUAAAAUUUGAAGCUACUUUAAAGUAGGGUAGGACAGUGAGAAUAAUCUCAGACCCGAAGGGUGAGGAGAUCUCGGUUCUAGUCUAGCUCAGCCUUAGGGUUUCACUGGGUCCACCAUCACUGUACCUGUUUUCUCACUUUAAAAAAAUGAGGUUGAAUUAGAUGAACUUUAAGACCUGUUUCAACGUUAAGAUUUUGUGAAGAUAGAAGAAUCUUAACUGAGCCAGUCCUGAAACAAGGCAGAAUUGCCAGAGAGGAUCAUUUGGCUAAGUACAUAGAGAGGAGUAGUUGAAAAUGACUGGACUAGUAGGCUGGCACCAGCUAAUACGGGACCUUAUAGGCCAUACCAUGGAAUUUCAUGGUAUGGAACAAUGAAAGUUUUUGAGUUAAGGGAAUGCAGGAAUCAGAGUUUUGAUACCCAAAGAGCAGUUGAUAGAAUGAUUUAGAGGAGGGAGAAAUUGAGUUUAGGAAAGUGACAGAUAAUGACAGUCUAAAUUAACAGCAGCAGUAGGAGUGGGAAAAAGGGAAGGAUUCCAGAGAGCUGUAGCAUGGAGUUGUACCUAAAUCUGGCAUUGUUCUAAGUUUUAUAGCUGGUGCCUCCAGAAUAUGAUGGCAAAUCACCUUGUAAAGCCUGAUACUAGAAAUUGCAAGAGGCCAAGAGAAUUGGAGUCUCCAGUGCCAGAUAGUCCACAGUUGCCUUCUCUUGGAAAAUCAGAUUCAUCUUUCUCUGGAAGUUCUGGACUGUUUUAUAAAGAUGAAGCCUUGGAGAAAGAUUUAAAUGAUGUGAGCAAGGAAAUUAAUCUAAUGUUGUCUACCUAUGCAAAGCUUUUAAGUGAGAGAGCAGCAGUAGAUGCAUCUUACAUUGAUGAGAUAGAUGAACUCUUCAAAGAAGCCAAUACUAUUGAAAACUUUCUAAUACAAAAAAGAGAGUUCCUGCGACAGAGGUUUACAGUGAUUGCAAACACAUUACACAGAUAAAAUAUACACUUGAAAUAAGUUGAGAAUUCAAAUUUCUUAUUGUUACAAUGAAAGAAUGACAUUUAUGCUUUGAAAGCUCUCUAGUUGUUAAAGAAAAUGUGUAUUUUGAACAGAGAAGGGGAAACUCCUUGAAAUUCUUUUCUAGAUUUAAAAAGGAACUUUUAAAUUCCUUAAUGUUAAUAUUAAUGUUCAUGUUAAUGUCCUAAGCUGGACAUUAACAUGAACUACAUCAUUUUUCUUUUGAGGGUCAAACAUUUAGUGCAUUUUAUAGAAAUGUAAUUAUUUAAUCUUACGUGGAUUCUUUUAUUUUUUCCUUAAACUUCCUAGUGUUUCUUAAACUUCUAAAAAAGGAUUCAAUUAAUUUAUAAUGUUUAAUAUUAUACUUUUUCUUUUAGAAUAUUUUAUUUAAAUAUCAGCUCAUUUUUGAGUCAAUUUUGAAUUUUUUUAUGGUCAGGAUUAUAAAAGAAGAUUAAAACCUUAUAGGUGAUUUUUUCCAGUUUCUUAGAGUAUAAUGACAUAACUGUGUGCUAUUUCUAUUUGAUUAUUUUCACUAUUAGUUAUUAUGUAUGGCUAAUAAAAAGUCUUGGCUUAAAAUGAUUUUCUUGUAGUAAAAGUAGUAAAAUAAAAACCAGAGUUACUCACCA